AUGUCUAGCACCAUCACCAUCAAUCCUGUCCCGUUCGCAGAACCCAGCUAUUUGAGAGGUCUGCCGUCCCCGUACUUCAAACCAACGCAUCUGGACUUCCAGAGAAGAUGCCGCGCCUUCAUGAAUGAGCAUUUCCUACCUCACGCCCUAGAGUGGGAAACCGCAGGCACCGUUCCCGAGCACGUCUGGCACACCUUCAACAAGCAUAACAUGCUGCUGCCGAACUUGAAGUCGCCUCUGCCUGUGCACUGGCUGCGGCGGCUGGGUCUCAAUGACAUCCUGGGGGUCCCUGUCGAAGACUGGGAUUACCUUCACACCGCCAUUUGGGUCGACGAAAGAGCCCGGACCGGUAUUUCAGGCCCCGGGUCAAGCCUUACUCCCGGGUUCGCAUACGCGAUCCCUCCGAUCCUAAACUAUGGCUCUCCCGCCCUGCAGGAAAGGUUCCUGCCGAAGCUUCUACCCGGCCACGCUCGCAUUUGUAUUGCUAUCACGGAGCCCCAAGCUGGAUCUGAUGUGGCCAACAUCCAAACCACGGCAGUCAAGUCAGUCGACGGCAAACACUUCAUCAUCAAUGGUGAGAAGAAGUGGAUCACCAACGGGGUUUGGUCCGACUUUGCCACCAUGGCAGUGAGGACUGGUGGCCCGGGUCCGUCGGGAAUCAGUCUGGUCGUCGUGCCAUUGAAAAAUCACCCGGGUGUCAAGAUGCGUCGGUUGGAAGUCAUGGGCCAGCGAGCUGGCGGGACCAGCUAUAUCGAGCUUGACGAUGUCACGGUUCCAAUCGAUCAUCUGGUGGGGCGGGAAGGCGAAGGAAUGAGGUAUAUCAUGACGAACUUUAACCACGAGCGUCUCUUGAUAUCCAUGGGCGCCACACGCCAGGCCCGCGUGGCCCUUUCAACUGCGGUGGAAUAUUCAAUGAAACGAGAGGCUUUUGGGAAGACAUUGAUGGACCAGCCCGUGGUGAGACACCGCAUUGCAAAGGCGGGCGGCGACCUUGAGACACUCCAAUCGUGGCUCUUUGAAUUUGUAUACCAGCUCAAUCACUUGACCAAGGAAGAGGCAGACGAGAAGCUUGGAGGCCCAACUGCGCUCUUGAAGGCUAAGGCUGGGAUGGUGUUGAAUGACUGCGCGCAAACGGCGGUCCUCAUAUUUGGAGGAAAUGGCUAUACCCGGACCGGCCAAGGUGAGCUGGUGGAGAAGAUCUACCGGGAUGUGAUGGGAGCCCGAAUCCCAGGCGGCAGUGAAGAUGUCAUGCUGGAUUUGGCGGUUCGGCAGCUGGUGAAGAACUUCAAGAAGGAACAGGGAUUCAAGAGGGGGAGUGGAAAGCUUUGA